AUGGUGCUUAUGCAUUCACCGCCGCCCAACGCUGCCUACGAUGCACCCCAAAUCAACGUGAACGGCGCCGAACUGCAAGCCGUCGGCAAAUUCACCGACCUGAGCAACACCCACACUCGGAGCGCCCCGAUCGUCAAUGAAGUGGCCGCCAGACUUUCAAGGCUAGUCAAACCUCCGGUUGUCUUCAAAACACAGUUUGGAAUUUUCACGGUCUCCGUUUCAGCAUCAAACUGUAGACGCGCAAUGCAGUCAUCUUGGCGACGCUGCUGCAUUGAGACGAGUUGUGGACGGUUACAAGAAGCAGGCGCGAAGACUCAAUCAUGUCCACCUUACCUGUCUUCGACGGAUACUGAAGCUGGGAUGGCAAGACCAAAUCCCCUACACGUACGCACUGGAGCGGACGUUAAGCCUCCGCAUCUACGCCAUGCUGAGACAGACACAACUGAAGUGGAGCGACCAGCUCGUUUGGAUGGACGAAGAGCGGCUACCCAAAGGACUCUUCCAUGGAGAUGUCGUGAUGGGUUCCGUCGGCAAGGUGGUCAGGUGAGGUGCUACAAGGAUACCCUGAAGCGUCGGCAGAUCGGCCGGCCAACUGGGAAGACCUCAGCCUGGAUCGACCGAACUGGCGGAGGGCAGUGAAGACAACCGCGGCGGUCUACUAAGCCAACCGCAUCACCGUCGGGAAAGCCAAACGAGAGGCACGUAAAUCUCAGCUGCGACCGCCUCGCAAUGCCGACGCUCAACCGCAUCCGACCUGUUCGCGAUGCCAGCGGACCUUACGGGCACCAAUCUGUCUCAUUAAACCUUUUCCAACCAACUGCAACAUCCGGACGACACCACCUGAUGUCUUACUGUCCACCUUUGCCUCGUCCUCAACGCCGACAACUAACACUGGCCGCACUCUUAAAUCCCUAUCGCCUCAAAAUCCUCUGCGAUGACUCCUGCACCCGUAGCCGCUGCCCUGAAUCUUAAUACACCGACAAUCCUUAUCCUCGCCACCGUCAUCACCAGCGAUGUGGAUUCGGUCCAUUCCUGUCCUCAUUGCGAUCGCACCUCCGCCGUAAAUUCAUGCCUCACAUCGGUCUGGUCGGUCAUUUGCAAAUUCAUCUCACAGAGACUGUCGAACCGGUACUUGGGACAUCAACAUACACUCGCAGAAUCCGCCUCAAUUUUCCUUAUUGCAUCCGCACAUUCAGCCAGCUCAUGAGUCGACUAGGCCACAUAUGGAGUCACAAAAUCCCUAAUCAGAAGUCAGGGAAGACUGGAUGGGUUGGAGAACCUUUAGUAUUAAGGAAGUGUGUACAUAAGGCACUGCAAGCAGUCGCUGCGAGCGGUCUCUCCAGGCAAGUCGUGUUUGUGUCCGCCGUUGAGGUGCUUAGAUCCUGGCGCUUGUGUGAACCUUUCGCUCUACCUCAGUGUAUGCCAGCCAAUCAGAGAAGGGGCAGCGUUGACUGGCCUCAACCACUCGUGAGGACAGUGGCAUGCCUCGCGCUUCCCAACAGCUAAUCGACAGGGAGUGUGAGGCGGACAAUAAGGCAGCCGGACAAAGAGGCGGAGGGCAAGGAGGCGCGGACUGCUACGCGCCCACCAGCACCCGCACCUUUCAACAUCAGUGCCCAUCACAAGCACCCAAUUGCCACCUCCCACGCAAGUGGGAAGUGUGUUUCUUGCCUCCUUCACCAUGUACCUGCAUGUGUGAUUCGAGUCUGAGUCUACCACUGUACGUCAAGCACCGUUGGUUGGAAGGCUGCCGAGUUACGCCCCGACCUAGUCCCCUAAUUGCACUCGCACAUUCAGCCAGCCCAUGGGCGUACUAGGCCACAUUUGCAGUCACAAAAACCUACGGUAGACAACUGCCGGCUACACCACACCAUCCUACUUUCCCUCCCCAUUACUCGAACUUCCCAACACCAUAGCCCAUCACAAGCAUCCAACUACCAACUUCCACGCAAGUGCGAUAUGUGCUUGUUGGCUACUUCUCCAUUCGAAUCCUCUGCUGAAUGUGUGGUCGGAGUCUGAGUCUAUCACGGUGCGCCACGCGCUCUGGCUUGGAAGGUUGCCACUUGACGCUCCAACUCGGUGCAUGCAGUCUGCCCAGUUGUGAGUGUUCGUUUACAUUGACGGACUGGCGAGCUGAGAGCGAGGCUGACACGGCUUAUUCCUAAGGCGAGCUCUGGCCCUCUCACGCAUGUGACGAGUGCGUGUGUGCUUUAUGUGUAGUGCAUCCCUGUCGACGACUGAGUGAUUACCCAGCCUUUGAAAUGUAAUUGCCCAGGCAAAUGCAGAACCACGUAUCACCCUUCUGGGCCUAAAUGUCUGCAAACGUCUGCUACGUCGAGAUCAGCAAACCAUGGUCUUCGCAGCCUGGUGGGCGCUGGCGAUUCUCUGGCACCUGGUUCCCUGCCGGUAGGUGCGCUCGGUUCCCGCUAGGUACACAAGUCGUGAACAGGGGUUCCAGGUCAUUCUCGUCCUUCUGACCCGAUACGGUGCUGUUGUGGUUCUUCCUCAGAGUCAUGAUCAAGUUUUUGUUGUGGACAAGGGUGCGUGGUUGUACGCCUAGAUAAGGAGUCCGUCCGUGCCAGUCUCCUGCGCCUCCUCCCCUUUCCGAUCUCCUUGGCUAUGUCUUGACACCCGGCGCAGGCGGAGGAAGAGAAGAAAGGGCGGUAGAUGCUGCGCAAGUUCCCACGCACUAUAAACUAAUUCACGCGCAAGUCGCCGUACCUGCUUCACCUUGGUUUGGAGCACACCGUGGAAAUCGUUCGGCACGACAGCCGAACUGCCGUCGUGUGUGUGUGUGUGCGGCCGCUCCGGCGUCUGUCGCGCACGCCAUCACCACAGCCACACCUGACACAACAACAGGCACAGCCCCUGCAACCUCCAUUGUCAGAUGUGAGGGCCAGGACUACAUCUGCCCUCACUGCGAUCGUACCUUCACUUCACGCAUCGGCCUGGUCAGUCACUUGCGAAUCCAUCGCACAGAGACUGGCGAACCAGUGCCUGGAGCACCGACCUACACCCACCGCACUCGCCUCAACUGCCAACACUGCCCUCGCACCUUCAAUCAUCGCAUGGGUCUAUUCGGCCACAUGCGCAUCCACGAGAGCGGAAUUGACCACAAUUCCGAUACACCAACCACGCCCGUCAUGCCCAGCACCACCCUCGCACCAUCCGUCUGCACCACCACCAACGCCUCCUCUGUAGCUGUUAUAUCCCCCACGUAG